AAGGUCCUUUCCUUAACGUCACCCACUAAACCACGAACGCGGGAACCCAUAAUUUUCAUUUUAUUCAUUUCACAGCCGUCGUCGGUCGUGCCUCCCUCUUCCCCUCGUCAUCUCUUUCCACUUCUCCACGAACUUUUCAAAUCCACUCUCCUUUGAAUCACUCUCUCCUAUUCUAACUCUGCCUCCUUUCGUGCAUCGCGACGACCUAACUACUAUGACUUCUUCCUCGAACUCAUCCUCCGCCGUCAGAUCGUCGGCGAAACACGCGGCUGAGCGGAUUCAGCAGCACUUGCCUCCCAGCAACCCCGCUUCCCUCUCUUCGUCUUCCUUGAACUUACCCUCUAAGACCUCCAUCGCCGCUUCGAUUAACCACUCUCCUCGCCCUAAAGAACGACCUUCCUCCACCGCAUCCUCCGUCUCCGCCGCCUCUCCUUCUACUCGCCGCUCCGGCACUCCCGUCCACCGAUCUCAGUCCAAAGACUUCGACGAAGACAACGAUCCAGGGAGGGUGAGAGUCUCUGUAAGAGUUAGACCUCGUAACGGAGAGGAGCUUAAGUCGGAUGCUGACUUUGCUGAUCUUGUUGAGUUACAACCUGAGAUAAAGCGGCUUAAGUUGAGGAAAAACAACUGGAACUCUGAGUCCUAUAGAUUUGACGAAGUCUUUACAGACACAGCUUCUCAGAAACGUGUCUACGAAGGAGUGGCAAAACCUGUAGUCGAGGGUGUUCUGAGUGGAUACAAUGGCACAAUUAUGGCUUAUGGUCAAACUGGAACGGGUAAAACUUACACUGUGGGAAAAAUUGGUAAAGAUGAUGCAGCUGAGCGUGGUAUCAUGGUUCGAGCUCUUGAGGACAUACUUGCGAGCGCGUCUUCUGCUUCUUCUGUUUCAGUGGAGAUCUCUUAUUUGCAGCUUUAUAUGGAGACUAUACAAGAUCUUCUUGCACCUGAGAAAAGCAACAUUUCAAUUAACGAGGAUGGGAAGACUGGGGAAGUAUCAGUACCAGGUGCAACACUAGUUAACAUUCAAGAUCUAGACCAUUUCUUUCAAGUUUUGCAAGUCGGCGAGACAAACCGCCAUGCGGCGAAUACAAAGAUGAAUACAGAAUCCUCACGUAGCCAUGCCAUUCUUACGGUUUACGUUAGGCGGGCUAUGAAUGAAAAGGCUGAAACAGGAACUAAAUCGCCAAAACCUGAAUCUUUGGGAGAUAAAGGCAUUCCAAGAGUUAGAAAGAGUAAACUUCUAAUUGUGGAUCUUGCUGGCUCAGAAAGAAUAAAUAAAUCUGGCACUGAUGGCCACUUGAUUGAAGAAGCGAAGUUCAUUAACCUUUCACUGACAUCGCUGGGAAAAUGCAUAAAUGCAUUAGCUGAAGGCAGUUCUCAUAUACCAACUAGAGAUUCAAAGCUUACAAGGCUUCUUCGUGAUUCUUUUGGGGGUUCUGCAAGGACUUCACUUAUAAUAACCAUUGGGCCGUCUGCACGGUAUCAUGCAGAAACAACUAGCACAAUAAUGUUCGGACAAAGGGCAAUGAAAAUAGUAAACAUGGUAAAGCUUAAAGAAGAAUUCGAUUAUGAAAGUUUGUGUCGGAAGCUUGAGACUCAGGUGGACCAUCUUACUGCAGAAGUUGAAAGACAAACCAAACUAAGAAAUAGUGAGAAGCAGGAGUUGGAGAAAAGAUUGAGAGAAUGUGAAAAUACUUUUGCUGAAGCAGAAAAGAACGCGGCAAGGUCCAAGUUCCUGGAGAAGGAAAAUGCCCGCUUGGAGCUUCGUAUGAAAGAACUAUUGAAGGAUUUGGAAAUGCAGAAAGAUCAGUGUGAUCUAAUGCGUGACAAAGCCACACAAUUGGAGAUGAACUUGAAAAAUACAAAGCAGCAACAACUGGAAAGUUCGGGAUAUAAGGAAAAACUUGCAGAUGCCAGUAAAGUAUACGAGAAAAAAAUUGAGGAUUUGGUUCAGCGGGUUGAGGAUGAACAAGCCCGGUCAACAAAUGCCGAGCAUCAAUUGAACGAAAUGAAAAAUAUUUUGAGUAAUCAGCAGAAGUCUAUUCAUGACCAAGAGAUGGGCAACUAUCAAUAUCAAAGGGAAUUUGCGGAAGCCACUUACACGUAUGAAUCUAAAAUCGCGGAGCUCCAGAAGAAAUUGGAAGAUGAACAUGCUCGGUCUAACUCUGCAGAGGAGCAACUUAGACAGAUGAAAAGUAUUAUAAGCGAUCGCCAAGUUUUAUCACAGGAAAAUGAAGAGACAAACGAACUCAAGAAAAAACUAGAAGAACUUUCACAGAUGUAUGAGUCGACAGUAGAUGAACUCCAGACAGUGAAAUUAGACUAUGAUGAUCUGCUCCACCAAAAGGAAAAACUUGGUGAAGAGGUCCGGGAUAUGAAGGAAAGGCUUCUUUUGGAAGAAAAGCAGAGAAAAGAAAUGGAGAGUGAGCUUUCCAAACUAAAAAAGAAUCUAAGGGAAAGUGAAACUGUUGUUGAGGACAAGCGUGUGAAGGAAGAUCUUCCAAAAGGACCAUCAGAAUCUGGAGCUCUACCAGGCUCACAGAGAUCUCAUGGGUUAAAAAAGUCUCUAUCUGGACAGAGAGCUACCAUGGCAAGACUUUGUGAAGAAGUGGGAGUCCAGAAGAUAUUACACCUGAUUAAGUCCGAAGACUUGGAAGUUCAAAUCCAAGCUGUUAAAGUGGUGGCUAACCUGGCCGCUGAAGAAUCUAAUCAGGUCAAGAUUGUGGAGGAAGGCGGUGUGGAAGCUUUGCUUACGCUUGUUCAGUCAUCUCAAAAUUCAACAAUUCUUAGAGUGGCUUCUGGUGCUAUCGCUAAUUUGGCAAUGAACGAGAAGAGUCAAGAUCUAAUAAUGAAUAAAGGAGGUGCUCAACUGCUAGCAAAGAUGGUGACCAAAACAGAUGAUCCACAGACUCUAAGAAUGGUAGCUGGUGCACUUGCCAAUUUAUGUGGAAACGAGAAGUUUCUUAAGCUCCUGAAAGAAGAGGAAGGCAUCAAGGGACUACUCACUAUGGCGCAGUCCGGAAACAUAGACAUCAUAGCUCAAGUGGCAAGAGGGAUGGCAAAUUUUGCAAAAUGUGAAACUCGCGAAAUCAUGCAAGGGCGUAGAAAAGGUCGUUCUCUUCUUCUGGAAGAAGGUUCUCUUGAAUGGCUGACUUCAAACUCACAUAUUGAAUCCGCAUCAACACAACGUCACAUCGAGCUUGCGCUUUGCCAUUUAGCUCAAAAUGAGGCAAACGCGAUUGAUUUCAAAAGAACGGGAAGCGUGACAGAGAUCGUGAGAAUAUCAGUGGAGUCGAGUAGAGAUGACAUUCGCAGCUUAGCAAAGAAGAUACUCAGAUCAAACCCUCACUUCUCAAGCUGAACAUGAAGUAACAGUAAGAGAUGUACAUAAACAUAACCGGCGAGCUGAGUCUGAAACUAAGAUUAUGUGCUGUGAUCAUUUAUAUGAUGUUGUAUCCUGUCUCCGUUGAACGUGGACUCCGUUGCUAAUUUUCUUGAACA